AUGAUAAUAAGUUCACUCAGUUUUCGCCUCUUUAUUCUACGAUCCCCCCCCACAUCCUCCUCAGUUUCCGCCGUCGCGACAUCAGAAGACUGCUCUACCUUCUACUACAACGAUUGUGUCUCGAAAUAUAUAGCUGCAAAAUUACAAGACAACAUCCUCUCAAUCGAGUGUCUUGUCUCUGGUUGCAAGAGCUCUGGUCGGCUCGAGCCAGAUAAGUGUCGUCAAAUCUUGCCAAGAGAGGUUUUUGAUCAGUGGGAUGAUGCUCUUUCUGAAGCAGUAUUGAUGCGUUCAAAGAGAUUAUAUUGUCCUUAUAAGGAUUGCUCUACUUUGCUUUUCAUUGACAAGAGUGAAGUGAAGAUGAAAGAUUCGGAGUGUCCUCAUUGCCAUAGAAUGGUGUGUGUAGAGUGUGGGACUAAGUGGCAUCCGGAGAUAACUUGCGAGGAGUUUCAGAAGCUAGCAGGGAACGAAAGAGGAAGAGAUAAUAUUUCGCUCGCGACGAUGGCAAAGAAAAAGAACUGGAAAAGAUGUUAUUCUUGCAAACUCUAUAUUGAGAAGUCUCAGGGUUGCUUAUACAUGAAAUGCAGGUAUAUGUAUAUUCUUCUUCUUCUUAUCACCUGUGAUGCAAAUUUGUGA